CUUGUUUAUAUUGAGGUAGAAAACAGAGAAUAAAACUGAUUAAGCUUACAAAUAAAAAGGCAUAUAAAACAGAUUCAGAAACUUAUUGACAGCUACAUCACAGAAUUUUGAAGAGAAGACAAGAGAGAAAGAAUUUAACAUAGAGCCGAUUUUACAGACGGCCACAAACAACCAUCUUUCAGCCGGCUAUCACAAUUCUGCCAGCACAAAUUUUUCUAACCCCAUUCCUUAGCCCAUCCCUUUAAAUUCUUCUUCACCCAAACACUAUACUAUAAUUCAUAAACAUUUUUUUUAUUUUUAUUUUUACCUUUCAAAUUAAUGCACCAUUAAUACUAUAUAUAAAUAUACAUCUUUGCUAGCUUGUUUCUUCAGUAUACACUUCUUUUUUUUUCCAAUGGCGAAAAAAUCGCAGAAGCAAAUAGAGAAAGACGACAAUGCAAGCAAUGAUAAUGAUAAUCUGAAUCCAAGUAACACUGUCACCACCAAAGCAAAACGGACGAGGAAAAGUGUCCCUAGAACUUCUCCACCUCAACGCAGCUCAAUAUACAGAGGAGUCACUAGGCACCGUUGGACAGGCCGAUAUGAAGCUCAUUUGUGGGACAAGAAUUGUUGGAAUGAGUCUCAGAACAAGAAAGGGAGACAAGUCUACCUUGGUGCUUAUGAUAAUGAGGAGACGGCAGCACAUGCUUAUGAUCUAGCAGCAUUGAAAUAUUGGGGUCAAGAUACCAUUAUUAAUUUUCCGCUAUCAAACUAUCAGAAAGAACUAAUUGAAAUGGAGAGUCAAUCAAGGGAGGAGUAUAUUGGAUCCUUAAGAAGGAAAAGCAGUGGUUUUUCACGGGGUGUAUCUAAAUACAGAGGUGUAGCAAGACAUCAUCAUAACGGAAGGUGGGAGGCACGGAUUGGCAAAGUUUUUGGCAAUAAGUAUCUUUAUCUCGGAACAUAUGCUACCCAAGAAGAAGCAGCUACAGCUUAUGACAUGGCAGCUAUUGAAUACCGUGGACUUAAUGCUGUUACCAAUUUCGACCUAAGCCGUUAUAUUAAGUGGCUUAAGCCCAACAAUAACAACAAUGACGACAAUAACAAGUCUAAUAUUAAUCUUUGUGACAUUAACUCUAACAGUAGUGCCAACGACUCAAACUCUAAUGAAGAAUUGGAAUUUAGCCUCGUGGACAAUGAAAUAUCACUCAAUAAUUCUAUUGACGAAGCCACAUUGGUUCAACCUCGACCAACUAGUGCCACGUCAGCCCUAGAGCUUUUGCUUCAAUCAUCUAAGUUUAAGGAAAUGGUGGAAAUGGCAUCAAUGACUUCCAAUGUGUCAACGACGUUGGAGUCUGAUCAAUUGUCACAAUGUGCAUUUCCUGAUGACAUUCAAACGUACUUUGAAUAUGAAAAUUUCAAUGAUACAAUGUUGGAAGACCUCAACUCCAUUAUGCCUACGUUUCAUUAUGACUUUGAGGGUGCUGAGGUUUUAUAGCUCAAUUCAAAAGAGAAUAUGGAAAUGUAUGUUUUAUUUAUUAUUUUUUUAAUUUUUUCAUCACGUUAUUUAUAUAAAGACCGAUACUCUUUAUAAUUUAGCUAAUUAGGAUUUAAACUUUUAGAGGAAAUAAGUUAUUAUUUUGACAAAAAUCAAAGUUGAACCAAUUGUAUUGAAUUUGACUGUAUCAUGAAUAUUAACCUUUACAAUAGCAAUAUA